AUGGAGUUUGCUGCUUUAGUGACAGGUUUGGUACCUCACUUUUCUCUUUCCGCCUCAAAACUGAAUUCCAACAUCCGUAUUUUCUCAUGUCCUCCCUUUGUCACUGUGUUUCUUCCCUAUACAGUGGUACCUCAGGUUACAUACGCUUCAGGUUACAGACUCCGCUAACCCAGAAAUAGUGCUUCAGGUUAAGAACUUUGUUUCAGGAUGAGAACAGAAAUCGUGCUCCGGUGGCACGGCGGCAGCAGGAGGCCCCAUUAGCUAAAGUGGUGCUUCAGGUUAAGAACAGUUUCAGGUUAAGUACGGACCUCCGGAAUGAAUUAAGCACUUAACCUGAGGUACCACUGUAUAUUUUUUUCUUCUUCCUCUAGUCUCUCUCCAGAGCUUUUUCCCACAAUCAGUUUGUGCAAAAUCAGCUUAGCUUCUGUCCUUGCCAAAGUGGCUUGGACCAGCCUCCUCUGGAGUACAACCAAGAGAGGGUGUUGCUUUUAAAAGCAUUAUUUGCCGCAACUCUUCUGCAAAUAGCCCUUGGAUAAGAGGCAAAAAUGGGAAGGGUGAAUCUUUCUGCAGCUCAGUAACCUUCCCUUCCUCGGUUUCUGUUUGCUUUUCAGCUGCUGAAGAUGCAGGGACCAACCUUUAAAAUGUUGCCCAUGUUCCUUUGUCCCUCCUCAUCCCUCUAGCUGAGUUACUCGUGAGGAGAUGAAGUGCCAAAUUGUAACUGCACUUCCAUAGAACACAUAAACUCCCUUUUCAUUUUUGCCCUGUUAAAUACUACAGCGGUACCUCGGGUUACAUAUGCUUCAGGUUACAUACGCUUCUGGUUACACACUCCGCUAACCCAGAAAUAGUGCUUCAGGUUAAGAACUUUGCUUCAGGAUAAGAACAGAAAUCGUGCUGCGGCAGCGCAGCAGCAGGAGGAGGCCCCAUUAGCUAAAGUGGUGCUUCAGGUUAAGAACAGUUUCAGGUUAAGAACGGACCUCCGGAACGAAUUAAGUACUUAACCCGAGGUACCACUGUACUCUUAAUAUUUAUUUAUUUAACAGGAUUUAUAUGCUGCUUAGCCACCCAAGCCUCUUAAGCAGUUUACAUAAAACAGCAUAAAAUGUACAUUAAAAAUACUGAUUAUCUCAGCAUUUAAAUGUUGCAAAGCAAAGACAGUGUUACAAGGAUGUUUGGGUAUAACUUUAAGGUUCUGUUUAUCAAAAUUUCAAAAUACAAAUAUCGCCAGUAGUUUGAAAAGCAAUAACUCUACCUAAUUAAAUGAAAUUAGUUGUGAAAAUACAUGUCUGGGUAGGCUUGCCUAAACAAAAGAGUGUUUAGCAGGUGUUGAAAAGAAGCUAAACAGUCUUGCAUAACAUCAGUGGUCAGGUAAAUUCCAGAGUUUAGCUGCUGCUGCACCAAAGGGUUGAUUCCUUGCCAGCGUGGAAUGAACAUUAUGUGGCAGUUGUUAAGAGUGCUAGUUCUUAAAAUCGGGUAGUUGUUAUGCCUGAAAACAAACUUUAACUACUGGAUUCUUUUGCCCCAUCUUUUUGUGCCUGCCAAACUGCCGUGUCAUGCUUAUGAUAAUAUUUUAUUCUCUUGUUAAUUGUGCUGUUUUAAAUGUGCAUUUUAUAUUUGACUUCACUUAGCAAUGUUGUAGGGGUGUGUGUUUUUUUUUGAAAUGUUUAAGAUUUUUUUUUGUUAACUUUGUGUUAAAUAUGUAUUCUGUAGUUGACCUUCUUUGUAAUGUUUUAUUUUGAAAUCUUUAAGAUAAUAUUUUAGUUUUCUGUUAAUUAUGUUGCUUUGACUGUAUACUCUAUAUUUGAUUUUCUUCAGAUUGUUUUAUUGAUGUUUUAUUGAUGUUUUAAUAUUCUGUAAACCGCUUUGAGAUUUUUCUUAAAAAUAUAAAGCGGUAUAGAAAUGAAAUAAUAAUAAUAAUAAUAAUAAUAAUAAUAAUAAUAAUAAUAGGGUUUCAGCAAAGCAGGUACAAUGAACAACAAAGAACUCCCAGCCCUAUUGGGGGUGAAGUCUGUUCAAGGAAAGUCUAUUUCUAGUGAUAAUAUGCCAUAGAGUUUUCAAUAUUUUAGUUAUUUCAAGCUAUCUUGCCAUAAUGCUUGGUGUGCAUCUGGCGGUUGAUAGCUUUGUUCUUUUGUAGCUGUAUACAAAAUUUAAAUGUUCCAUUCCACAUCAAAGUUGUUGGUCCCACUGUUGUUGAUGUGUUCAUUCUCCUUUGCAGUCAAACUUUCCACUAGUGUUAGAAACCAAAGCUGUUGCUACCAAAUUUCACACAUAGCAGCAGCACAAGUUUUCCAAAACAUUGUAAUAGCCAAUCUCGCAGUUAUAAAUAUAAAUAGAAGUAGUUCCUCAUAAACUUCAUAAUGACAUUCAUAAUUAAAAAUGGAAAGUAGUACAAUCUGAGGUUGCAUUGGGAUAUCUUGGGAUGUUAUUGCACCAGCUUCUCCAAAUAUUUUUCCCCUCCAGAAUGGUUUAAUAUUGAGACAGUCCCACCACAUAUGUAAUUAUGUUCCCGUCUCCCCAUAUCCAGCAAAGAGGAGAUUUUGACAUGGGUGUGGAGAGACUUUUACAGUUUUCCAGCCCUGUAUUUUGUUGAUCUGUCUCUCUGCCACUAGAGGCUCUGUCUUCAAGUGGGUUUAUAGCAGGUUAUUUGCUAAGCCAGGGAUGCGGGUUGCGCUGUGGGUUAAACCACAGAGCCUAGGAACUUGCUGAUCAGAAGGUCAGCGGUUCGAAUCCCCGCGACAAGGUGAGCUCCCGUUGUUCAGUCCCUGCUCCUGCCAACCUAGCAGUUCGAAAGCACGUCAAAGUGCAAGUAGAUAAAUAGGUACCGCUCCAGCGGGAAGGUAAACAGCGUUUCCGUGCGCUGCUCUGGUUCACCAGAAGCGGCUUAGUCAUGCUGGCCAAAUGACCUGGAAGCUGUACGCUGGCUCCCUCGGCCAAUAAAGCGAGAUGAGCGCCGCAACCCCAGAGUCAGCUACGACUGGACCUAAUGGUCAUGGGUCCCUUUACCUAUUUGCUAAGCCAUGUUUUUCUUUGGGGGAGCAUUUUUGUAAAUCAAAGCGCCCUUUUCCUAGGACAGGCUCAUCCUCUGCCCCACAGCUAACUGGCGGCUUAGGGGCUUGUACUCUCCACCUUCUGCGCACACAACAAUCGGGCUUUUUUCUACCCUGGCAGGCACCAGGAGUAACACAGCAACAGAUUGGGGCUGCAGGCUAAGGAACCCAGAAGGCAGUGCACAGCAUCUGCUCCCCCUGCUCCCUUUCUCCUUGCUUCAUUGCAUCUUCUUCAUUCUUCAUUACUUUCCUUUGCUCAUCCAGUCUUUCUCUCUGCCUCCAUGUGUUUUGCUGUUCAGUCUCAUUCAUUUAAGGCCUUUCCAUUAAUUUUCAUGUCUGUCAGCCUGUGGGUGAAACUGCUUUGACCAUCUUUUACAGGCAUCUGAGCUUUUAUCUGGGAUAUAUUCUCAUCAUCCUCAAUCUCUUUCCUUUUCGAUUUCAGUCUCAUUCUUGGUUCUUUCCUGGAUGGUGCCCACUGGAGGUAAGAAGAAAAUCAAUUCAUCCUUGCAGCCGGCGUCACUAACUUUUGAAAGCCCCAUGGGCACAUUUGGAUUCUUGUGAGUGCGGUAGCUGCCACCAUUUCUGGUUACUUCUUUCCCUAUACCGUAAAUGCCCUCACCUCAAGACAGAAGAAGAAGAAGAAGAGGAGGAGGAGUUUGGAUUUGAUAUCCCGCCUUUCACUCCCUUUAAGGAGUCUCAAAGCGGCUAAUAUUCUCCUUUCCCUUCCUCCGCCACAACAAACACUCUGUGAGGUGAGUGGGGCUGGGAGACUUCAGAGAAGUGUGACUGGCCCAAGGUCACCCAGCAGCUGCAUGUGGAGGAGUGGAGACGUGAACCUGGUUCCCCAGAUUACGAGACUACCGCUCUUAACCACUACACCACACUGAGAAAACACACGCCCUCACUGACUUUCCCUAGGUGAAAAUCAGAUUCAGUAGAAUUAACCUGUAUGUUGAAACCUACUGUUUUGGGGGACAGAUGGCGGGCAGGUGUGGGGGACUCCCUGGUCCUGAAUGGGGUAACUGUGCCCCUGAAGGACCAGGUGUGCAGCCUGGGAGUCAUUUUGGACUCACAGCUGUCCAUGGAGGUGCAGGUCAAUUCUGUGUCUAGGGCAGCUGUCUACCAGCUCCAUCGGGGAAGCAGGCCAGAGUGGUGCAUGCUCUGGUUAUCUCCUGCUUGGACUACUGCAAUGCACUCUCCGUGGGGCUACCUUUGAAGGUGACCCGGAAACUACAACUAAUCCAGAAUGCGGCAGUCAGACUGGUCACUGGGAGUUGCUGCCGAGACCACAUAACACCAGUCCUGAAAGACCUACAUUGGCUCCCAGUACGUUUCCGAGCACAAUUCAAAGUGUUGGUGCUGACCUUGAAAGCCCUAAACGGCCUCGGCCCAGUAUACCUGAAAGAGCGUCUCCACCUCCAUCGUCCAGCCCAGACACUGAGGUCCAGCUCCAAGGGCCUUCUGGCAGUUCCCUCCCUGCGAGAUGUGAAGUUACAGGGAACCAGGCAGAGGGCCUUCUUGGUAGUGGCGCCCACCUUGUGGAACACCCUCUCAUCAGAAGCCAAGGAAAUAAACAACUAUCUGACUUUUAAAAGACAUCUGAAGGCAGCCCUGUUUAGGGAAGCUUUUAAUGUUUGGUGUUUUAUCGUGUUUUUAAUAUUCUGCUGGGAGCUGCUCAGAGUGGCUGGGGAAACCCAGCCAGAUGGGCGGGGUAUAAAUAAUAAAUUAUGGUGAUGAUUAUUACAAAGACCAAGGGUAGUGAUCAGACUACACAAAAGAAUUAAAGUCAUGGCAUGACUGCCCGUCAAAGAAUGAGUCUUGCUUCCUUGCAGAGAGGGGAGGAGAGGAGAAGCAACUUUUGUCUCUGCACAUGUUUUAGAGAGCAAAAUGUGUCCAAAAGCAAACCAUGACAAAUAGAUGUGUGGUUUGAGGAGGGGGAAGAUCUGCAUUUAUGGGGUGGGGGCAGAUAUAAAUGCUCUAUGAAAUAUAAGCAAGGCACUGUUACAUUGUAAGCACCUUAACUCGUCCUUUCUAAAAUGCAGGUAUUUCCAGGCUCCGUACAAAUCUAUUGCAGAGAGAGAAUACAAACAAUGGACAACAGGGGGAAAUGAGGGUCAACAGAUUAAACCAGGAUGUGACUGAAGAUCCCCAUAUCAAGGAUCUCUCCCAAACCCACUUUCCCACCCAGGCUCCAAAUAUCCUAUCACUGACAAUGCCUUGUGCUGCAUUCUGACCCAGAAUACUUCUUUGCUUCUCUCUGAUACCAGAACUAAAAACCGCACACAGCUAAGUUUGGUGCUCAGCUGCAAAUAUUUGGGGUUUAGAGUUCAGGAAAGAGGUCAAUGAAAAAUUGGCUGGAGGAGGAGGUCCAAGGGAAAGAUGUAAAUUGGCCUCUCCUUUCCUUCCUCAGGUUAUCUGACGGUUCCACCUCCACCAGCACCCAGGCUGACCACUUCUCCUGCAAACACCACCUUUGUCAGAGGAGAGAAAGUCCAGUUUAUAUGCCACCGACCAGAAGGGCAUAAGGGAGAGUGGUUCUAUUUCUUUAAAGCCGACAAACAUGGUCAGUGGUCCGAAUAUAUAAUAAUAAACCGCAGUAUCUUGGAUGUCUCCACAAUGAAUCUGGAGUCAAGGGAAAGGUUUGUGUGUUCUUACUGGAGGAAAAACAGAGAAGGAAGGGAGUCUGCAAAGAGCAACCAGGUUGUGCUCUCUGUUGCUGGUAAGAGGCUUUCUUCUUGUGAAUGAAUUACGCUCUCCCCAGCGCCAAAGGCCAGCCCCAUCUGGAUGUGAUGAAAGUGUGGAAAGGACAUGAGCCAGAAUGUUGUAGCAUCCUAGCAGCUCAAGGAAUCACACCUGGAGAAAGCUGGGAGUUUGGCAUCCCAGAUACCGUGUUAAGUUCUCCUCUAUGAAAUGUGGGGCUUCUGUGGCAUGUAAACAAUUAUAAAUGUAAACUUUGUGUUGGUUUUUUUAAAAUUUGGUUUGAAGGAGAAAAUACUAGCUAAAACUAAAGGAGAAUUCCCUGAAUGCCUAGAUCCAGGUUUAGGGCAAACACUCUUUGGUGAGAGAGCCCCGGCAGAGAUUUAAAACCACAAAAUAUGUAGCAAAGUAAAGCAUGGAAAUAUAGGCUCCCUUUCUAAGAUGCUUCCAAAGUUACCCAUUUUGGUUAGCAUAGAAAGAGGCCACAGACUUGGCUAGUUAAAAAUGGUUUCCUUACUAACUCUUUGAAGGUCGGGUUCAUGUGCUUUUCCAUACAGCAGUAAGAAAACACAGGCCAUAAGACUUAGAUUUCAAAGUGGAGAAAGUUUCAAAAUUAUUUGUAUUUGUUGUUGCUGUUUAGUCGUUUAGUCGUGUCUGACUCUUCGUGACCCCAUGGACCAGAGCACGCCAGGCACUCCUGUCUUCCACUGCCUCCCGCAGUUUGGUCAAACUCAUGCUGGUAGCUUCGAGAACACUGUCCCACCAUCUCGUCCUCCUUUGUCCCCUUCUCCUUGUGCCCUCCAUCUUUUCCAACAUCAGGGUCUUUUCCAGGGAGUCUUCUCUUCUCAUGAGGUGGCCAAUGUAUUGGAGUCUCAGCUUCAAGAUCUGUCCUUCCAGUGAGCACUCCGGGCUGAUUUCCUUAAGAAUGGAUAGGUUUUAUCUUCUUGCAGUCCAUGGGACUCUCAAGAGUCUCCUCCAGCACCAGAAUUCAAAUGUGAGGACAUUGGUUUCUGGAUGGGAGUUGAUCAUGGUGAGGGUUUGCCAAACAUGCCUUCCUCUUAGCUCAUUUCUCCCUUUUGUCCUGAGUUCGAGUGUCUUCAAAGUCCAUGACACCUUUGGUAAAGGCUGUUCUCCAAUUGGAGCGCUCGCAGGCCAGUGUUUCCCAAUUGUUGGUGUUUAUACCACAUUUUUAAAGAUUUUCCUUGAGUGAGUCUUUAAACCUCUUUUGUUGACCACCAGCAUUACGCUUCCCCUUUUAAAGUUCGGAAUAGAGUAGUUGCUUUGGAAGACGAUAAUCAGGCAUUUGAACAACAUGACCAGUCCAACGAAGUUGAUAUUGAAGAAUCAUUGUUUCAACACGGGUGAUCUUUGCUUCUUCCAGUACACUGACAUUAGUUUGCCUGUCUUCCCAAGUGAUAUGUAAAUUUUUUCGGCGAUACCACUGAUGGAAUCUUUUGAGGAGUUGGAGUUGGUGUUUAUAAGUGGUCCAUGUUUCACAAGCAUACAGCAAGGUUGGUAGUACAAUAGCUUUGUAAAGAAGCGUUUUGGUUUCCCUGCGAAUGUCCCGGUCCUCAAACACUCUGCACUUCAGUCGGGAGAAAGCUGUGCUUGCAGAGCUGAGGCAAAGCUGGAUUUCGGCAUCAAUGUCGGCCCUUGUGGAACUAUAACUGCCCAGGUGAGAAAAGUGAUCGACAUUUUCCAACGUUACACCGUUGAGUUGGAUUUGUGGUGCUGCAGAGGGGUUGUUUUGUGCUUGUUGGUGCAGCACUUUGGUUUUUUGGAUGGUGAGCCAAGCUUUUCGUAAGCUUCUGUGAAGAUAUGUAGGAUGGUUUGGUGGUCAUCCUCUGAGUGUGCACACACUACAUUGUCAUCAGCAUAUUGAAGCUCCAUGACGGAGGUUAUGGAAGGGUAUUUCAUCCAUUUACCGUAUUUUUUGCUCUAUAAGACUCACUUUUUCCCUCCUAAAAAGUAAGGGGAAAUGUGUGUGCGUCUUAUGGAGCGAAUGCAGGCUGCACAGCUAUCCCAGAAGCCAGAACAGCAAGAGGGAUUGCUGCUUUCGCUGCACAGCGAUCCCUCUUGCUGUUCUGGCUUCUGAGAUUCAGAAUACAGUGGUGCCUCGCAAGACGAAAUUAAUCCGUUCCGCGAGUGUCUUCGUCUAGCAGUUUUUUCGUCUUGCGAAGCAACCCUAUUAGCGGCUUAGCGGAUUAGCGCUAUUAGCGGUUUAGCGGCUAUUAAAGGCUUAGCGGCUUAGCUGCUAAAAGGCUAUUAGCGGCUUAGCGGCUUAGAAAAAGGGGGGGGAGCGAAAAAAAAUCUCAAGACUCGCAAGACAUUUUCGUCUUGCGAAGCAAGCCCAUAGGGAAAUUCGUCCUGCGAAGCAACUCAAAAACGGAAAACCCUUUCAUCUAGCGGGUUUUCCGUCUUGCGAGGCAUUCGUCUUGCAGGGCACCACUGUAUUUUUUUUUUCUUGUUUUCCUCCUCCAAAAACUAGGUGUGUCUUGUGGUCUGGUGCGUCUUAUAGAGCGAAAAAUACGGUAUUCCCCCAGCCGACUGGUUUGUUUUUUCUCUUCCUUCCAACCCCAGAUUUCCCACUCCCUGCCACCCUUUCCCUGAACCCCCUGAAUCCUGUUCACACUCAUGGAGAACAGAUUACCCUGCUCUGCUCAGUUCCUGAUGGGCGGGAAGCAGCAGGAUACACAUUUUACAAGGAGCUACAAGGUCAGGCAUCUGAGGAGCUUCCCCGUAAUGAGUUGAUGAUUCCCCAUAAAGCUUUGCGUGUUGGUGAAGAUACGGCCGGGAACUACAGCUGUGCAUAUUCCAUCAGAUUAGAAAAUAAGGAAAUCCAGUCUCCACGUAGCAACAUCAUCUCUGUAGUAAUGGAAGGUGAGCAAGUUCUGUAUUUUCCCCAUUAUUUUUAAAAUCAUUUUUUUAAAAAUCACUGCAAUACAAUGGUACCUUAGGUUACAUACGCUUCAGGUUACAGACUUCGCUAACCCAGAAAUAGUACCUCGGGCUAAGAACUUUGCUUCAGGAUGAGAACAGAAAUCGUGCAGCGGCAGUAGGAGGCCCCAUUAGCUAAAGUGGUGCUUCAGGUUAAGAACAGUUUCAAGUUAAGAACGGACCUCCGGAACGAAUUAACCUGAGGUAUGUUGUAAAUAAAAAUAUGCCCUUUUCCCUUAUGGGGUAUCCAAGAGCCCAGAUAGAGUCCUUACAUAGGUUCCCUAUUGGUAGGAGAAAAUAACAGAGGCCAACCAGAGAAUAUUGAGAAGCAAAGCAGCUAGUAAGCUUGAUCUUUAUUGAUCUGUUGCAACAGGGUACUCCCCUCACACGCAGGAGAGGAGGAGGACCCCCAAAAAUGCUAUGCAAGGGCUUAUAAAGACUUUUGAGAUUCCCAUCCUCUAGAUCAAGACCACCCCCAGAAACAUUAUGCAUUCAUCACAGAAGGGGUGUAACCUAAGACCACCCCUCAGAUAAGGCGGUCUAAAACAGAACAUUUGCAUGUUGUUUUCUCCUGUCGCUUUGUUUAUUUCCUGUCUGGCAGGUUACUUGAUUGGAUUUCUUGGGGAGCCUUGGCAGUCUUUUGUAAUGAUAAGGCUCACACCCUUAUUCAAACACAGAUUAAGACAGGAUUUGUGAAGGAAGAGACAAUGGGGAGGCUUUUCCAUUUUUACCAUGCAGAGAAACAUUUGCUCAGUUUAGGAAUCAAAAUGGUUCCAGGUUGGCUUUCCUGUGCUGAUCUAUGUACGUGUGGUUAUGAACGUUGCCAUGUAUCUAAAACCAUAAAAUUCCUAUCACAGGUACCACUGUAUAACAAUUUAGCAACAACUCCAUCUGGAUUUUCCAUAAAUAUAUGAAUGAGUGAGCAAAAGAUGGUCACUGCAGGGGGGAUGUGAGAAUCACCACCAAUAUUGUAGGGUCUCAAGCUCCGGUUUUUGGGGGGUGGGACAGUGGGAAGAUUGUUCUCUGGCUGAUUCUAGAUUCAUUUAAAAAAAAUAUUCAGGAAACAUAAUUGACCACAGGACUGGCAAUCAACAAAUCAGGAUACUAAUCUCAGACCCAUGACUCUCAUAUAGCUGUUUGACCCAGUUAUAUGACUUCCUGUUAAAAACCAAGUAGACCACAAUCUACUACAGUGGUACAUCGGGUUAAGAACUUAAUUCGUUCCGGAGGUCCAUUCUUAACCUGAAACUGUUCUUAACCUGAAGCACCACUUUAGCUAAUGGGGGCCUCCUGCUGCCGCUGCGCUGCCGGAGCACAAUUUCUGUUCUCAUCCUGAAGCAAAGUUCUUAACCCGAGGUACUAUUUCUGCGUUAGCAGAGUCUGUAACCUGAAGCGUCUGUGGUACCACUGUAUUCGUUUUAAGCUUCUGUACUCCUUUGUGGAUGAGUCUACCAGAAUCCCUUCCUUUUUCUGAUGCCAGCAGUGAAUCCUUUGCCUAGAGUGGUGAACAGAGAAGAUUUCCUGCACGUUACUCGCUCAGUCAACAGGAACUGUGAAAAGUUAAUAGGGGGACAGCGUGGAAAAGACUGACCCCGGUUACUGUCCAAGAGACCCUUUUCAUUUGGACAAGCAUUGAGAAGCUGAGGGUGUGCUUAUAUUGUUUUCCUGCGAGGGAUAUUGUAAAGGACUUUUCAGAACUUAAUGAUUUUCUGAAAGUGAUAUUUCCUACCUGACUUGGGCCUUCAAGAACAAGACUGAUUUUUUUAAAAAAAAAACCUUAUCCUUUCUGAUUUCGUUUUCUCAGAUUCCUCUCCAUCGCCAGGUCCAUCGCUGCUCUAUGCAUGUUUGGCUGUCCCAUUUGUCAUCCUGAUGAUUUCAUUCGCUUUUUACUGCAGAUGGAAAAAGACUGGUGGUAAGCAAUGAGGGUUGGAGGUUAUCUCUUUGCAUUUCAUAGCCUGAAAUUGGGGGUUUUUUCCACACUUCCCCACCCUCUGUACUGCUCUUUCUGGACACUGGGCUGUGCUUAAAAGCUCUAUGUCUAAGCCCUUUUUUCCCCCUUUGCCCCAGAGCUUUCCCUGCAGAAAUCUGCUCUUUAAAUCUCAAUCAGAGCAAAUGGCUAUCUGCAGAAAACUCAAACAGAUGUUUGUUCCGAUUGCUAAAGAGCAAGUUUUCACAGGGAAAGCUCUGGAACAAAAAACACACAAACUUGGACACAGAGAUUUUAAGCGUGGACCUGUUCCUGGAAAGUAAAUGUGGAUAAUCUUGUUUUGAUGGGCAGGGGAGAGAGAGAGAGAUUUGUAGAGGCUGUCUGGUCCUCUGGUCUGGAUGGAUGUGAGUUUGCAAGGCAACGGCCAGCAGGGGUGACAAUAUUAUACAUUUUCACUCUUUUGCUCUCUUUCUUUGGAAGCAGUGAAAUGUUGGGGGAAAUCUGAGCUAGAAGAACAGGAGGAGGCGGGACCAGGUGGUCUUGGAACACUGGAGCCCCAGACAACACCCAGUCAGGUAAGGGGUGAGAUUAAUAACCAUUCCAUCCUUAGAAAACGGCACAACAACCUUUGUGGAACAUGCUGCCGCCGCAGGAUAUGAUAGUGGCAAUUAUUAUGGACAGAAUAUUAGCCGAUUUCAUGGACAGAGAUGUCCAUUGGGGACCAACUGGCAGUUCUGUGUCCAAAGACAAGACAUAAGUUUGUCAUCUUCAUAGCUGCUUGUGAGCGUCCCAGGGGGCAUUUGACUGCCUGGUGUUAAAUGGUGCGUGUUCGUAAGGUAGGCAUAGGCAAACUCGGCCCUCCAAAUAUUUUGGGACUACAAUUCCCAUCAUCCCUGACCACUAGUCCUGUUAGCUAGGGAUGGUGGGAGUUGUAGUCUCAAAACAUCUGGAGGACCAAGUUUGCCUAUGCCUGUUGUAAGGGGAUAUUUGCCAGUGCACACUCACUGCUCAUCCAAGGUUAUGAGUAAUUGGAUAUGAAUACAGACUGUGACCUGGUGUAAAGCAAAAUACACAAAACUGAGCUAGAGCAGCCCUUGAGCUGACUUAGCAGGGCAGUUCUGGAUUAUCAAAAGGUGCUGGCCAUUGUUUGGCCCGCCAUACCAAAUAAAUCCAAUUCCCUGGGUUCCUUGAAGACAUUUCCUAAGAGCUGAAAGUUUGUUAUUGGAGUGAAAUUCCCUGAUAGGGACCUUGUGCAGUGUGGAAACAAAUUAGCAUUACCACAAGGAUGUUUUACUGCAAAACUGUCUUAAACUAGUUACAAGAUAAAAUGUCGACAAAUACAAAGUAACGCAUUGCUCUAAACAAACUAGCAAUGCGUUCCCGUCUUCUUUAAGUCCUUAACAUAGGCCAAGAACUAUGUAAACAUUACAUUUUAUUCACAUUUAUAUCUUUAAGACGGAAUCCCUUUGCAUUUGUAAAGAAGCUCUAAAAACUGGGAUAAAAGCUUCAUUCUCAACAGGCCCUUUCUGGUUUAAUUGGUGAGCAACGGCACAUUUGACUUUCUUCUGUUUUCACAGGGCUCAGGUGCCACCUAUGCCCUCCUCCCCUUUUGUUCCGCUGCAACUUCCUCAGGACCAGUGAUGGAGAAUGAGCUCCAGCCGGUUGAAGAGGAGGGGCUGUUGUACAGUGAGAUUCUCUUUCCACCAAACAACAGAAGAAGAAAUUGA